AAUGUAAGAUAAUGGAUGAGACUUCACCCCUGCCUUGGCUAACGCUAAACUAUGGGGCUUACGGGGGCUUGCGCUUACGACGCGUCGCGACGGCACGUUGUCCGGAUGCUGGAUUGUGAGCAUUGUAAUUCGCUAGCGCUCGUUGGCAGUUACUAGUAUACAGUAGUUCACUGGGUUUAUUUCGCUAAAGUAUACCGACCAGAUUGCACAUUCGAUAUUCGAUCGCCUAGCAGCUCGCAGGUGCAAAGUGCUAUCUCAGUAUCUGGCUUAAUUGAGGUUGAGCGAAUAAAUCAUUUCGAAAAUGGCAGAGAAAAUCAUCUCCAACGACAAUGGCGACACGGUGGUCUUUUGUGGCACGUUGGUGCACUCUACAAACGCAUCACCGAUGAUUAUACUUCAAGAUCAAGUUAUUGGUGUUCAGAAGGGGAAGAUAAUAUUUGUGCAGCCAAAAGAGGAUUUACAGAGAGUUUUGGAUCAACAUGGUCUUCCUAAAGGAUGUGUCAAAUGCUUGACAAAAUAUCAGUUUCUGAUGCCCGGUCUGAUCGACACCCACAUCCACGCACCCCAGUAUGUCUAUACAGGCACUGCCCUUGAUCUUCCUUUACUUGAUUGGCUAAAUAGAUACACCUUUCCAACGGAAGCAAAGUUUAGUGAUCUGGAAUUUGCUACUUACGCCUAUAAUAAAGUGGUGAGGAGGACACUAAGAUGUGGAACAACGACAGCCUCUUAUUUUGCAACAAUUCACAAGGAGUCUUCUCUGAGGUUAGCAGAAAUUGCGGCUGAUGUGGGUCAAAGGGCAUUUAUAGGAAAAGUGAAUGCAGAUCAGAAUUCUCCUCCAAAUUAUGUAGAAACACUAGAACAGUCUUUGGCAGACACGGAAUGGUUUAUAGAGAAGAUGAAAGAUCUAAAGAAUCCCCUCAUUGCUCCAAUCAUUACACCUCGGUUUGCUAUCUCCUGUAGCAGAGAGCUUAUGACGGGUUUGGGAGAGCUUGCUAAAAAACACAAUCUACGUGUGCAGAGUCAUAUAUCAGAGAAUCGAGAUGAGGUCAAGACAGUGUUAGAAUUGUAUCCAGAUUGUAAGAACUACACAGAUGUAUAUGACAAGUGUGGACUCAUGACUGAUAAGACUCUGAUGGCACACUGUAUAUACUUAGAUGAUGAAGAAAUCCAGACUUUCAAAGAUAGAGGCUCCGCCAUGUCACAUUGUGCAUGCUCAAACUUCUCAUUACGGAGUGGUGUGAUGGACUGUAGGAAGAUGAAAGAGAGUGGUGUUAAACUUGGGCUGGGAACAGACGUAUCCGGUGGUUACAAUCCAUCCAUGUUUGGUGCCAUCCGAGAUACCAUCACUGCAUCAAAUGUCCAGAGUAUACAACAUCAACCAGACCGUCCAUAUAAACACCUUGAUUUUAGAGAAGUCUUCCAGCUAGCAACAUUAGGUGGUAGUAAAGUUCUUGGGAUAGACAGUAUUGUCGGUAACUUUGAAGUGGGCAAAGAAUUUGAUGCCCUUCUUGUCACCAUGGAUACAGAAGACUCCCCAUUCGAUAUCUUCCAAACUGAUGCAUACAGAGACUCUCUUGAGGAUAUGAUUCAAAAGUUCCUCUUCCUUGGUAAGAUCAUUUUAAAUUAAUUUCAGAGCAGUGGUAUAAAUUUAAAGGAAGGGAGAGGGAACUCUAUUACUGAGUAAAUGGUCUGCAUUAAUUUGAAAUAUGCAAACUUCAGAUUUUGAUUUUGAUUUUAAACUUUUCUCUUCUCAUUCAAUAGUAUUUUAUUCACUCUGUUUCUUUCCUUCCACAAUGUGUAUACCAUGCUUGGACCACCAUAAAUUUGUUGUUGGUGUGUUCUUAAAGGUAAAUUGUGACAUUGGUUUAAUUCAAUUUUUUAAAAUAUAUUUUGCGCUUUGCUUUCCGCAAUAUUGAUAUACAAGUUCUGAUUCCUAACAAUGCCUGGAUUGGCCAGAAUGUACUGUUUUGUUUUUCCAAAAAAAUAAAAUAGAUGAGAAGUCCCGGAUUGUCUGCUUUAUUUGGAAGUAUGGUUAAUCGAAGGAAGGAAAUAUGAAGAGCGCCACCUUGAGACCAAAUGAUUCGAUAACUUCCGAUCAGUGCAAGACAACACCGCCCAGAUUCGUGCCGUGUGCACAACAUUUACUUUGAAACGUACGAUCGACCUUGAUCACAUUGUCAACAAUACGGGGAAAGUCCCGCUUUGCUCCACGUUGACCGCGCAGACUGAAAUCAGGGUUGUUCUGUUCCUAUAUUUCCUUCGAUUUCGUAGAAAGCGUGUGUAAAUACGGAAGAUGCCUUGGACGUGCAGGCCCCUGUAAUGCACACUUUCAAAGAAUCAGAUACCGCGGACAUGUCAAAUCCUUGGUCAAACGUGCUUCGUGCAGUGACCAUCACGACAAUGACGUUAUGCAUGUUCAGCCCGGCUACCCCCACUUCUUUCAAAUUGCGGUGAUUUGGGUUUGUGUGUGUGUGUGUAUAUGAGAGAUUUUUUCCUUUCUCUCAUAUAUUUCGUUUCUCUCUUUAUUACUUCCUCAGUGUAUGGAAGGUUAGGCAAGCAGGACGGGAGGCGUGUAAGGAUGCUUGUGAAAGGGAAAGAAAAUGGCUAUUCGUAUUUUUUUCUUCCUUCCUUCCUUUCUUUCUUAUUUUCUUUCUUUCUUUCUUCCUGUUUAGUUACAUUUUAUUAUACACAACUUUUCCUUUUCUAAUUCCGUUCACUAAACUGUUAUCACGUUUUUUGAUUUGCUCAUUAUGAUUCAUAUCACGUGUUGUAUGAUGUCUUUAUUUAUGAUACUCUUGAAAAAAAGAAGGAAAAAUAAUAACUGUGCGUCCUAUAUAGACUACCUCUAUCAGUAAAUUACAGCCUCCACCUACAAUACCGCGUGCUCUGUUUUUUGUAAUAUAUAUAGCCUACUAUUCCGUUUCUUUUAUUUUGAGGCCAGCUAUAAUAAAGGUUACGAGUCAAGCAAUGACAUGUCAAGCUGCCUACGUGCUUGGGUCGAAGAACAUUACGAAUAUUGUUAUAUUUUGGGGAUUUCAUUUCAUCUUUCGUUCCAAUGGGGUGUAUGGCUUUACGAUUUAAAAAAUCUGCUCGCGGGCGAGCAUAAAUGUAAUUUUUUGAAAGUAUAUUCAUGAUUAUUAUUAUACCUCACCCUUUUUCUUUUUUCUGUCUUUAUUUUCUCCCCCGGGGGGGGGGGGCACUCGACCAAAAAAAGUGGUAGGGGUGUGCCGCUGGCGAGACUAAAAACGGGGUCUUGGAGCGGGCUUAUUGUAAAGAGGAGGGCCCUCGGAAUGGGCUUUUGGAACUACAAAUGUUUGUGAAAAUGGGGGUCCUUGGAACGGAUCGCCAGCGUGUGAGUGCGUAUCAUUGGCGGCGGAAGCAAAAAAAAUUAGGGGAGGUCCACCUGAAAUUUUGGAAUGGACACAGGUAAAAUUUGACAAGCCCCCUCCCCCUCCCAAAAAAAAGGUUAUCAACCUAAAUUUUAGGAAAGUGGAUCACCCAAAUUGUUUGACAAGGAAAAUGAAAAAAAGGUCAUCAGCCUACAUUUUAGGGGGGGGGGACCACAAACAUUUCAGGGGGGUCCACGUGAAUUUAGGGGGGGACGCACGAAACAAAAUUGACAAGC